UAGGAAGAUGGCGUUUGGAAAACUGUUGUUAAUAAUGUUAUGGAACUUUAAGAUUCAAUAAUAAUUAAUAACAAUUAAUGUUAUAUUUAAAAUUUAGACAACGAUAUCCAUUAAGCAAGGGGAAAUGCAGUCCUCAGAUGGACUUCCUGGGUCAUCAGACCAUCGUUUAGCUUUAGUACAUGAAAUGAGUUCCCAUAACUUUGAUUUAAUCAGAUUUGCUUCAUAUCGUACAGCUGUGAAAUUACGAUUCAUUCAAAAAAAAGUUAGCUUACAUACAGUGGAUAUAUGGAAUGUUAUAGAAGCAUUUAGAGAACAGGGUUUACAUACAAUGGAAUCAUCAAAUGAGCUUAGUGUGGCAAGAUUAGAAACAUUAUUGUGUUCAUUGUAUCAUAGUCUUAAUAAGAGAGCCCCACCUACUCAACAAACACAUGUAGAUGUGUGCUCCAGUUUGCUUUUAAAUUGGCUUUUGGCGGCAUAUGCUACUGUUGAAAAUGUGGGAAAAAUUAGAGUUUUUUCAAUAAAAGUAGCACUGGCAACAUUAUGUGCUGGGAAAUUAAUGGAUAAAUUGCGAUAUAUAUUUUCACAAAUAUCUGAUAGCAAUGGUUUACUUAUUAUGUGGAAAUUUAAUGAAUACUUAGAAGAGGUUUUAGCUCUUCCAGCAGCAGUAUAUGAAUCUCCAACGUUUAGUUAUACAGAUACUUUAGCCUCCUCAAUUUUUAAUACUAACGCCAAAGUUACAGUUAACGAUUUUUUGGACACAAUGAUGUCAGAUGUUGGACCUCCAGCAUUAGUGUGGCUUCCUUUACUUCAUCGAAUUACUUCCGUCGAAAACGUUGUCCAUCCCGUUCAAUGUGAUGCAUGUCAAAGAGAAAACUUUACAGGAUUUAGAUAUCGUUGUCAGAAAUGUCCUCAUUACACUCUCUGCCAGGAAUGUUUUUGGAGAGGUCGGGUGACCUCACCUCACACUUUAGAACAUCAGAUGAAAGAAUAUGUCACUUUUUCUCCCACAAGAACUAUUAGUCAUUCCCUGCGAAAAUCGUUUCGAUGUGUUCCUGAUAAACAAAAAAAUAACUUGCCAAGAUUUCCAGAGCAGCCAGAAAAGACAUUAAACUUGUCUCAUAUAGUACCGCCGUCUCCUAUACCUUCCCACAAUGGAUUUCCUGAUAGCACCUUUAAUACAUUUGAUGGUAUGGGCAGUUUAGAUAGCAGGACUACCGCCAGAAGUUUGGAUAGUGCUAGAGAUGAUGAACAUCGAUUAAUUGCUCGAUAUGCAGCUAAACUGGCACAAGAAGCUCGAUCGGGAAUGCCUCGAGAAGUAUAUCGUAAGAAUUCCUUAUCUCCAGAUACGGGUAGAGUACCUUCAGAAGCAUGCUUGGGCAUGGAUUCAACCCGAGCCCAGAAAGAAUUAAUUAAUCAGUUGGAGGCAAAAAACAGGGAGAUCAUGAGAGAAAUAGCAAGGCUGCGAAGACAGCAGGAGUUAGAGUGUAGUGGCCAUGGCCCUGAAAAUCCUGCUCUCAUGACAGAAUUAAGAGCCUUAAGGAUGAGGAAAGAUGAACUGGAAGCCCACUUGACAACUUUGCAGGAUUCUCGUAGGCAGCUGAUGAUCCAACUGGAGGGACUUAUGAAGAUGUUAAAGAAUCAUCAGUCGUCACCUAGAAGCACACCCAAUUCGUCUCCGCGGAGCACUAAGUCUCCGCCCUUACCUCAGAGUAACAUGAUUGCUACGGCACAACCGGGGGUAAGAAGUGCUCCUCAAACACCAAUGAGUGUGACUCCACCCACCGUUCAGUCCAUGUCUGUGAGUCAAAGUGAGCGAGUUCACGUGGUUCAAACUGUGCCCGUCUUGCCCCCACCCGUGAACAACGUUCCCGUGGAAAAACAAGAACGUAGCGCUCACAACGUUAAUAGCGAUAACGUAGUUGGGGUUGGUGACGUAAGAAACGCAUUUGGUAACUCAAAUAAUGGCACCAAUACGCCUAGUUCUGUUGGAAGAUCUUUACGGAACGAUCUCCUAGUGGCGGCGGAUUCAGUUACCAAUGCAAUGUCUACGUUAGUUAGAGAACUUAAUUCAGAAACUUCACUACAAAUACAUAGUAGUGGUAUUCGAAAACCACUGGAUUUCGAAGACGAUGGAGAAGAAGAAUCGGAGGGUGGUUGGCAGCAGGAACUUCAAAAACGAUAUGCCCAGGAAGCCAAGUUUAUGGAGGAAUUAAGAGCACGAAAUCUAUCUAGUCCAUCCGAAUUAAAUCCUCAACAAUUUCAGAACAUUCAGGCCCAUCAUGUUAUUCAAAAUCAUCAAAAUUUUGGUCAUAUCCAAAAAGUGGAAGAUAAAGAAGAAUCAUCGGAAGGAGUUCCAUUAAACGCUGAAAACAUUCAACAGCAGAAACAACUCGAACAAAACGAUGUUAAUAAUGAUGGCUAUAUGCAAAAUGAAGAAAACGAAAACACAAAUAAAUCAAAAGAAAUGCUAGAAUGGGAGGAAGCAGUUAGACGUUGGAUUAAUCGUUAAAUAAACUAUUCAAUUAAUGUGGUAGAAGUAAAUUAUUAGCAUUGUAUAUAUUGUCAUUAUUUCGUCAGAAAAAAAAAAAAUUCGUAAACCAACGCUAGGAAAUUGUUACUAUUAUCAAACACUGCAGAUAAUUAUCAUUGUCAUCAUAUACAUUGUAUUAAUUUAGUUGCAAUAAGUGUAAAAUUAAAAGCAAACGUACUACGUAUCAUGUGAAUUAAAUAAAUUUAAUGGUUGAUAUGCAUAUAGUUAAAACAGUAUUGAUACUUUUCAUUAUGCAGGAUGUGUUAUGAUCACUCAUAUAAGAAGAAAUAUGUAUCAUGCAAAAACUACUUUUAGUAGAAAUAAUUCUUGAAUACAAUUUUGUUAAUUGUAUAUACAAAGUGGUUUAACACUAUAUUUAAUAUAAAGGUAUUAUCAAUCCAAAAAUCCUUUUUUUCACAUUUAAUUUUUUGUACUUUUAAAUCUUUUCAUUUGGAUCUAUUUAAUUGAAAUGUCAUUUGCAGCAACAACGAGUAAUCUACAUAUUAUAAGCUAUUAUAAUAUGUAAAUUAACGUAUUUUCAUAUAGCUUCAAAUUUCCAUGAAACAAAAAAAAUACAAAGGACGAUAAAUGAAUAAAUGGGCGAUUUCAAAUUAAAAUAAUUCAUUGGUUUCUAAUCUCAAAUCAAUUAAUAUUAAAUCGGUUAAUUAAUAAAUUUAAUCAGUUAAAUUAAUUACUUGAGCAAUUCAAAAGUUGGUAUACCAUACCUACCGUUACCUUGGCUUCCACAUAGCAAUUGGCGACCUUGAUUCUUCUCUUUUUGUUAAGUAUUUUGGCAUGAUGGCUUAUUGGUUGGCUAACUAACCAAGCUUUUUGACCAUAAACGAUUAUGUCGAUGGAAUCACUUUUUCAGUCCAAUUUUGCAACUAUUUUAUGUCAUUGGACGAGGUUUGAGUAAAUGAGCUGACUUCGGCUUUCAAUUUUCAGGUCUGUUUUUUGAUGCCACGUUGUUAAAAUUAUCAAUUACAUACCAAAAAGAGAUCGGUUUGAUAUAAGAUGUAAAUAAAAAUUAAUGAAUUAUUUGACUUUGAAAUAACUCAUUUACUUUAUUUGUAUCAGUUUUAUUGUCCAAAACCGAUAAAAGUUUGUUGAUGUUAUACUCGUCUAAAUAAAAACCGAUCAUUUAAAUAACGAAUGCAAGAUACUCGCAAAGCAUUGUACUGUUCUUUUACGUAAAAACCUAUAUGUGUAUCAAUAUGGUAGACUAAUAAAUAAUAGUUGAUGAAAGAAUCUUCAGUUACAUUAUCUAGUUGUUAUAAAACCCUAACAAAUAAGUUCUAGUAAGUGUUGUUUCCUUUUUAGUGUUUAUUUAAAAUAACUUGCGUUAGAUAAUAUGUGGAAAAUACAAACAUUAACUCUAAAAUUACAUACGUCAUGUCUUCUAUUAAUUAUGACUUUUUAAAAUAUAUUAGACAAUAUCAUUGAGUACACGACAAUAAAAGCAGAUACUAUAUUAAAAAAAAAAUUAAUGCGAAUAGCUCUGUGUUAAAUAAAUGUUAGGGACAUUACUACUAUCCUUAAAAUAGUUUUUAUAUGUAAAAGGGGAAUACACAAAUGAAAUGAAUUAGUAAAUGUGAA